AUGAUUUCAUUUCUUAUUCCCUUACUUUUUUCCAUACCACAUCAUCAACAGUAUCAUAUGAUCUGCUACUAUAAGUGGAACGAGCCACCACUGAAGGACGUGGACAUAUCUCUGUGUUCUCAUAUUAUUCUCAUAGGCCAGCUCUAUCUCGAUAAUCUUGGCCAUCUUCAACUUCCACCUGACCAUAUUUCACAGGAUUUUAGUGGGUUAAAAAAGCAGCGUCAAGAUCUCAAAUUGCUAAUUUGUCUUACAGGACCGAAUCAUGGAUUUUCAGAAGUGGUAUCACUUUAUCAGAAUCCAAUCUAUCGGCAAAUCGUUUCUUCCACUGCCACAAUGUCUACACUAGCGGACGCUUCCUAUGCAUUCCUUAAAAAAUUUUCCUUCGAUGGGUUAGAUAUCGAUUGGGAAUUUCCGAGCUGGAGCUCAGAUUCACAGAAGACUGACCGGCAAAGAUUUCCCCUACUUUUAAAGACCCUUCGUGAUAAAUUCGGCUCCACCUUAUUGCUGACAGUCGCCGUAUCUGGGCCUCCAACGAUCACGAAAGUCGCCUACGAGACGGAAUCGUUCAACAGAUAUGUGGAUUUGGUGAAUGUAAUGAAUUACGACUUCCACAUCUUCUCAUACUUUCAUCCAUUCGUCGGAUUCAACGCACCACUCAGAAAACUGUGCCUGGAAGUAGAAGUGGCUUCGCUGAUGAACUCGGUGACAGAAGCUUCUAUGCUAACAUGGAAAAAAUUGGGGCUGUGGAGCAAUAAAACGGUUCACUUCUUUCUUAUAAAAUUUCUGUUGACUAUUCAACCAUUUGUUCUGAAGGUUUUCGGCAUUCCAACGUACGGUCGAGGAUAUCGCUUGAUUAAUUGGCGAGUGAACAAACCGUAUUCGUUGGCUAGUGGUACUGUAGAUGGCCUGUCGAAAUAUUCCAAGGAUCGGACGAUGUUUACGGUUUCUGUGGUAACGGUACCUAUCCACUUCUUCGCGCUGUCAAAGAAGAACUUUUAUGAAGGCGAUGUAUAG